AUGCCUCAAGAUCGAGAGAGAGUUGGGAAGGCGUACAAUGCAAUGAAGAGCUUAGGAAUCUCUUCAGAAACUGUACGGCCGGUACUUCGGAGAUUAUAUAAAUUGUAUGACAAAAAAUGGGAGCUUAUAGAAGAAGACAAUUACCGUACCCUUGCUGAUGCUAUAUUCGAAUACGAAGAAGAUAAGCUAAAGGCUGAAACAAAAACAAAAACAGAAAAUUUGAAUGAAGAUAACAUAAGUCCUUCCAUCAAAGGCGAUCCAGGGGAUGAGGUCUCCUCCACGAGUAGAAAUGGUAAAAAGAGAUUACAACCAGACGAGCAUGAAAUUCCAAGGUUUUCAGGUGCAGUAAAUAUGGUAGAGUCCUCUCAGUCGGUCUCGGUUGUUGCUACAAGUAAACCUGUUCUCAAUGUGAGUGAAGCACCUAGUGAAAGCAAAGGCAUGGAUCUUGUUCUGUUAAAUUCAUGUCACAAUGAGGAAAACUCACGUGAUCCACGAGCUUCAAGUGCAAUAGCAGAAAAGAAGGACAAAGAUUGCUCUCCACAAUUUGUGGUUCCUGCUUUGCGUACUCAGCCAGGCAUGAACAAUCUGUUUCAUCAUUACUGGCAUAUCUCACGAAAACUCAUCUUCCGCCAAUCAUGUAUUUUCAUCUUUUCAGAUUCAAACAUCACUUCACAGGACUCAGACUCCAGAAAGAAGCAAAUUGGCUCCAGUUUGGCAUUCAAUCUUCAAACCGGAUCACAAACCUCGUACGACAUAGCUUCUUCGUCUUGCGGACAAGUCAGAAUCUCCCUAACAUGCAAACACAAUAUAUGGCAAAAUAACUUCCAGUUCCCAAGUCCAGACGAUAUCCUCAACUUCGCCCAACAGUUUUGCAAUGCCGAAGGCUCCCAAUUCUCGCUCAUAAACCUUUUGACCGAAUUCUGUGAGAGCUAUCUUGAAUCAAGAUCAGUUUCCUCUAAAAAAAGACCCCGCUUUAACAGAUCCACUUUGGAUUGUAUUAAAAAAGAGCAUCCAGAAGGUCACCAAGGGAAAAGGGCUUCGAGCAGCAACAAAAGGGCCGUUCGGGAAAUAGCCGACAUAACGAACGGCACAGAGAAAAUCAAGAUUUCGCUAUUGGAUGAGACGGGCUGUGGGAAUUUGCCACGAUUUGUAUACAGUCCUGAGAGUCUAACUUACGAGUCUGCGUAUGUGCACAUAUCUUUGGCUCGUAUUCCAGAUGAUGACUGUUGUAAGGAGUGUAAUGGGGAUUGUCUUUCAUGCUCUAUACCAUGCCCAUGUGCUCGUGAUACGGGAGGAGAGUUCGCUUAUACUCGGCAAGGCUUGCUGAGCGAGAAGUUUUUGAAUUCCUGUAUUGCUAUCAAGUGUUCGGAGGAAAAGCAGCCUCUUUUCUACUGUCAGGAUUGCCCUCUCGAGAGGGUGAAAAAUGGGAGUACGCAAGAAGAAUGCAAGGGGCAUCGCUACAGAAAGUUUAUUAAAGAAUGCUGGAGAAAAUGCGGAUGCAACAUGGAAUGUGGCAAUCGAGUUGUCCAGCGAGGAGAAUUGUCAACAAUGACUCUUCCAGCUCCAGGAGAACAACAAUUCUCCUGGCAUUUGUUGACCAAGGCUAUUCAAGUUUUCAUGACCGAGGAAGGUAAAGGCUGGGGUCUGAGGACACUUGAAGAGCUUCCAAAAGGAGCUUUUGUUUGUGAAUAUGUAGGGGAGAUUCUGACGAACAUGGAAUUGUAUGAAAGGAAUACAAAAAGUAGUGGUGAUGAUAAUAGACACGUAUACCCUGUUCUGCUCGAUGCCGAUUGGGCAACUGAAGGAGCUUUGAAGGAUGAAGAGGCACUCUGUUUGGAUGCAACGCAUUUUGGUAAUGUAGCUCGAUUUGUCAAUCAUCGGUGUUUUGAUGGGAACCUGAUUGAAGUUCCAGUGCAGGUGGAGACUCCAGAUAGGCAUUAUUAUCAUCUAGCAUUUUUCACUAAAAGGAAAGUGCUUGCUCUAGAAGAGCUUAAUUGGGACUAUGAGAUCGACUUUGAGGAUGAGAGCCAUCCGGUUAAGGCAUUCAAGUGUCUGUGUGGGAGUCAAUACUGUCGGGACAGAAGACGAUGAGAAAAGAUCAGAAGUUAUCUGCAUUUUGAUGAACCAAUUCUUGUUUUUAAAUUAAUGUUCAAGAAAUCUUGUGUCAUGAUAACCAUCAUGUGGGGCUAAUGUGAUGAGCACAUAACAGCUUCUGGCUUUCUUUGUUUUGCUCACCUGAUAUCACAUAGAAUUAGAACUGUUUUUACUUACUUUCAUUCAUGAUGAAUAUAAAAUUCUCU